GUGCGCGGCCCCGUGAAGACGUGCAGGCGUCCGCCCCGCCGGAGGCUGAGGUGGCAGUGGGCCUGCCGACAUGGAGCUCUCGCAGAUGCCGGAGCUGAUGGGGCUGUCGCUGUUGCUCGGGCUGCUGGCCCUCGUGGCGACGGCGGCGGUAGCGCGGGGGUGGCUGCGCGCGGAGGAGGAGACGAGCGGCCGGUCCGCCGGCCAAAAAGCAAACGGAUGUCCACCUGACAAGUCCUUGAAAUCCAAGAAGCAGAAACCGCAACAGCGGAUUCGCAAGGAGAAGCCUCAGCAACACAACUUCACUCACCGCCUUCUGGCUGCAGCAUUGAAGAGCCACAGUGGGAACAUAACUUGCAUGGACUUCAGCAGCAAUGGCAAAUACCUGGCUACCUGUGCAGACGACCGUACCGUCCGCAUCUGGAGCACAAAGGACUUCCUGCAGCGGGAGCACCGCAGCAUGAGAGCCAACGUGGACCUGGACCAUGCCAUCCUGGUGCGCUUCAGCCCUGACUGCAGAGCAUUCAUCGUCUGGCUCGCUAAUGGAGACACCCUCCGUGUCUUCAAGAUGAUAAAACGAGACGAUGGGGGCUAUACGUUCAUGGCCACCCCAGAGGACUUUCCUAAAAAGCACAAGGCACCCAUUGUCAACAUUGGCAUCGCUGACACAGGGAAGUUCAUCAUGACUGCUUCCAGUGACACAACCAUCCUCAUUUGGAAUCUGAAAGGCCAGGUGCUGUCCACCAUCAACACCAACCACAUGAACAAUACUUAUGCUGCUAUAUCCCCUUGUAGCAGGUUUGUAGCCUCGUGUGGCUUCACCCCAGAUGUAAAAGUUUGGGAAGUCUGCUUUGGGAAGAAAGGGGACUUCCAGGAGGUUGUGCGAGCCUUUGAACUGAAGGGCCACUCUGCAGCCGUGCACUUCUUCGCUUUCUCCAAUGACUCCCGGAGGAUGGCCUCUGUCUCCAAGGACGGCACGUGGAAGCUGUGGGACACAGACGUGGAAUACAAGAAGCAGCAGGACCCCUACUUGCUGAGGACAGGCCACUUUGAAGAAGCGAGCACCAUGCCAUGCCGCCUGGCGCUCUCCCCUGAUGCCCAGGUCUUGGCCUUGGCCAGUGGUAGCAGUAUUCAUCUCUACAACACCCGGAGGGGUGAGAAGGAGGAGAGCUUUGAGCAGGUCCACGGGGAGUGUAUCAGUGACUUGUCCUUUGACAUCACUGGCCGGCUUCUGGCCUCCUGUGGGGACCGAGCAGUGCGGCUCUUCCACAACACGCCUGGCUACCGGGCAGUGGUGGAGGAAAUGCAGGCCCUCCUGAAGCGAGCCUCCAACGAAAGCACCCGCCAGAGGCUUCAGCAGCAGCUGACGCAGGCUCAGGAGGCCCUGAAGAACCUGGGGGCCUUGAAGAAAUGACUCUGGGAGAAGGAACAGUAGGAAGGAUCUGACCUCCUGCUGUCUCCACUGCUGCCAUUGCCCUGGUACUCUCCAGCUGGAAGCCUUUUGAAAGGAGUGUCCUGAUUUUCCUAAUGGCAGCUUCUCUCUCCUUUUCCCCAUUGAAACUAUUCCAGCCUACUCAGAUCUCUCUCCUCUUGCUGGUGAUGACUCCUGGCCUACUUGACGAUCUCCCAGGCUAAUGACCAAGGUGCUUUUCUUUUUCCUGGGCCCAAGGGGUGGAGUCUGUCUUCACCAGGCACGGAGGAGAGUGGUAAUUAGAAGAGACAGAGCACAUAGUCUUUGACCUUGGGACAACACACCCUGCUGUCCAAAGGAGCUUGUAAUUGUGGAGGCAAAACCCAGGGAAGACCUGAGUGCUAACCAGCAGUCUUGCAGGGGUGGAAGACAGAUUCCUUAUUCCAGAACUGGGAAGUGGCUCAGGGAAAGGCUGAUCUUAACCCAGGCAAAGCGCCUAACUUCAUCCAGAAGUAAUUAUGGGAUUUCAUUCUGGGCCUCAGUUUUCUUGUUUGUCAAAUGGAGAAUAAUUAUCUUUUGACCUCCUUCCUAGAUUUGAAAGAAAAGUGGAAAAGAGUCAUAAUCUGUUGUCAAAUAUCAUUUGUUAACUACUGAGUAAAACUGGGACUCAAACAGGGCAGUUUGAAUCUCUUGGGAAAGCUGUUUCUGGGAUUUGAUUGAUUGUACAUUUCAUAUUUGCUUCUGCUUUAAGUUGGGUGGAGGAAUCACAAAAUCCCAAGAUAGGGCUCUCCUCUUCCAGGAGGUUAUAUCCUGUUUGAGGAGAACUUUUCAGUUCAUCCAACAUUUGCUUGCCUAUUCUGUGCCCAGUGCAGCAUGGACACUGGAGAUAAAUAUGAAUAAGACAUGACUUCUGCCAUCGAAGAAGGCUGGUGGACAAGAGGUACGCAGGUCUGUGAAGUGUUUUUUGUUAAUCUGUUCACAGCUGGAGAAGGCUGUGGUAAAAGUCAAGGCAAGAGAGAAGACUGAAUCAGGACAGAGGCAAUGACGUUGAAGGGAUAGAUUGAAUAGAUUGGGUAUUAGAAGUUCAUGUUUUUGGACUUUGAGGACUGCUUGGAUGGGAGAGCUAAGGGAAAUGAGGAAUCUAGGAAGACUUGAGCCUCAGCAAAAUUUAUCCAAAAUAAAUUCUUCCCUCUCCCUAAAACUUGGACCUCCCCUAAUCACCCCCAACUCAUAUAAACAUGUGAACAAAUCACAGCAUUGGCGUUAUCCUCAGUUACUCCCUUUUCUACACUCCCUCUGCUCUACUACACGAUUACCAUCCACUCCACCAGAAACUUCUUUGGGUUACAUGGCAGUAAAUCCUGAAUCCGUUACUCCUCUCCAUCUCUUCUGAUACCAUCCUGGUCCUAGACACUGUCAUCUAAAGGGCCACUAUAAUGUAGCUUCCCCAUUGGCCUUCCUGCUUCCUGGCUUGCCUCUGUUAAGUCACUCUUCUACAUAGCAGAGUGAUCUCUGAAAAAUGUAAAGCAGAUCACAGCAUUCCCAAUGUAGAAACCCUCCCAAGACUCCCCAUCACACUCGGAAUAAAAUCCAAAAUUCUCACUGUGGCGUACAAGGUCCUAUGUAAUCUGGGUUCUUCCUCCUUCUGUGAUCUUGUUACCACUCUCCCAGUCGUGCCAUUCCUCCAACCAAGCCAAGUUAUUUCCAGCUUCAAAGGGGACUUGUGCCUCUGUUCUUGCCUCUAGAAGCAUUUUUUUUCCCUUGGCAGACUUGCCAUGCUUGUCAUAAUUCAGUUCUCAGUUUCAGUUACACUUUAGAGACCCUCCCUGACCACUCAAUCUGAAGUAGCCGUUUCCACCAGUCAUAUCACCUCCAUCACAUUAGCUCAUUAUAUUUUAGUUUGCAUUACUUAAUGCUAUCUGAAAUUAUUUUGUUUGGAUAUUUGUUGGCUUCAGGGGUGAAUUGGGCCACAGUUGUCUGGAUGAAAGACAAUAGGAAAAGGUGGGAACUGAAGUCAUCUCUAGAGGGCUUUUGUCCUGGGUCAGGGGCAGGGGUGGCUGCAACUUAAUAUUCAGGAAUCCAGCAGAAGUUGCCCAUUUCAGAGAAGCCAGAAGUUGGCAAUUUAUUAUAAAAAAAAUAUUAAGCACUGUAGGAAUCAAACAAAACGCUAAUGGCAGGAUGGAGCCCAGCAGUCUCUCAUUAGCAGCUUUUGGAUUGCUCAUUAAGCCACUGGAAUGUGACCUGUCUGAUUUGCUCCGUAUCCCACACAAAGUGCCUGGAGUAGAGUAAGCACUCAAUAAAUGUUGAACUCGAACCAGGGCAGCUAACAGAAAUGUCAGAACCCUCUGUGCACUGCGGUUUGAUGUUCCAAGAAUAGACUUCUGACUGAUAAUGCUGUGCACCUGGGUCCUGGUGAAACUUUGCUUUCUGACUGUCAGAAAAAUGAGACUAAGACACUUUGCAUUUCUGCUUGGGUCUGGCUUUACUCUCAUUGCAUAUCCAGGAGGGGCAGUGACUGAAGUCAGAAGUCUUUGGUUCCAGUUUUGGCUGGGGCACUUAUUGAACAGACACAUCACUUCACCUCUCUGAGUUUGUUUCCUCAUCUGUAAAACGGAAAUAAAUCUGGCCCUGCAUGCCUUGCUAGGGCUAUGAAUUUCUAAUAAAAUGAAUGAAAACACUACAGGACAGUCAUUACAGAGAUUUCUGGGGGACAGAAAACAGCUCCUCUCACUAAAGAUGAGGCUGCUUCCUUUGUCAGCAUGGCGAAA